GACAGAUCAGCUAUCGGUUUGGCCAUUUUCAUUUGUAGUCCUUUCUCUUUGGUUGAUUUUAAGCUACUUGGUCUUUGAUGUUCUUCACACUCAUGACAAUGUGCUUUGGUCUGGAUUUUGUUUUCAUUUAUCCUACUCAAGACUCAAGGAUGCUUCCUGCAGCUGAGAAUUCAGGUCAUAUCUUUCUUCAAUUUUGAAAAUUUCUCAGCUGUGUUUUUUGGAAUAUUGCCUCUACCAAAGUCUCUCUAUUGUCAUUGUAGAAAUCCUGGUAGGCAUGUAUUGGACCUUCUCAUUCUGUCUUCCAUGUCUCUUACCUUCCAUUUCAUAUUUUCUUUCUCUUUAUGGUUCUUUCCGGGUGAUUUUUCUCACGUCAACCUUCUAGUGUACUAAUUCUUUCUCCAACUGUAGACACAUGAUUUUCUUUUCAUUUUAAUGACUAUAUUUUUCCACUUCUAGAUGGCCUAUUUAAUUACUUUUCUUUUUGACAAAUACUGCAAAUACAUCUUUCAAGACAAAGAAAAAAAAGAUUGCACAGGUCACUACUAAACAUGCUUGGCUAUUUCAAUGCCAUGUUAAAUACCUUUUGGGGUUUUUUUUAGUGCAUGUGAGGUAUAUAUUUGCUAUUGUUUUUUAAACAGACUUCCAUUUAGGCCUGGUGAGAGCACUAUAAACCACAUAAAAUGGAUCCAUCAUGAAUGCUUACUCUGUUUUACCCCGUCCCUGGUGUGUUCUGAGACGGAACCUGGGAACUGCGGUCACACUGAGUAACAACUGCUUCAUCUCAGUUUACACCUGAGUUAUUGGAAGACAAGACUGAAGGAGGACAGUUUGCAACAAGUUUCACUUACCACAACCAUUUUCAGUUUGGGAUGCGUUUAUUAAGAGCGCUUGCAAGUGCCCAGACACAGAAAGGCUUCUGGGACUACUUCAGCCAGAGCAGCGGGGACAAAGGCAAGGCCGAGCAGGUCCAGCGGCAGAAGCUGGCAUGGGAACCCACGAGCCUGAAAGACAGCCUUGAGCAAGACCUCAGCAAUAUAGACAAGUUCCUGGAAAAGCUGGGCCCUCUCAGUGGGCAGGCGAGGGAGCCUCCUGCGCUCCCCCAGGACCCGGCGGACAUGCGGCGGCAGCUGCAGGAGGAGCUGGUGGAGGUGAGGGCGCGCCUGGAGCCCUACAUGGCAGAGGCGCACGAGCAAGUGGGCUGGAACCUGGAGAGCUUGCGGCGGCAGCUGAAGCCCUACACCGCGGAGCUGAUGGAGCAGGUGGCGCUGCGCGUACAGGAGCUGCAGGAACAGUUGCGCGUGGUCGGAGAGGGCACCAAGGCCCAGCUGCUGGGCGGCGUGGACGAGGCGCGGGGCCUGCUGCGGGAGCUGCAGAACCUCGUGGCGCACCACACGGGCCGCGUCCAGGCGCUCUUCCACCCCUAUGCCCAGCGCCUGGUGAGCGGCAUCGGGCGCCACGUGCAGGAGCUGCACCGCAGCGUGGCCCCGCACGCCGUCGCCAGUCCCGCGCGCCUCAGCCGCUGCGUGCAGACGCUCUCGCGCAAACUCACGCUCAAGGCCAAGGCGCUGCACGCGCGCAUCCAGCAGAACCUGGACCAGCUGCGGGAAGAGCUCAGCGCCUUUGCCGGCGCCCGCGCUGAUGGCGCGGUUGAAGGGACCAGCCAGGACCCCCAGGUGCUGUCCCAGGAAGUGCGUCAGCGACUCCAGGCCUUCCGCCAGGACACCUUCCUGCAGAUCGCCGACUUCACCCGUGCCAUGGACCAGGAGACUGAGGAGGUCCAGCUGCAGCUGGCGCCGCCCCCUCCAGGUCACAGUGCCUUCGCCCCAGAGUUUCUCCAAGCGGACAGUGGCAAGGCCCUGAGCAAGCUGCAGGCCCGUCUCGAAGACCUGUGGGAAGACAUCAACUACAGCCUUCACGACCAUGGUCUCGGCCAUCAAGAGGAGCCCUGAUUGUCUACUUGUCCAGGCCCACUUCCAGGCUUCUUCUCGGAGCUCAGGAUCUGAGCCCCCACCAGGCGUGGCUCAGUCCUUGACAGUGGCCUGUUGGGCAGAGGGUGGAGGGCCCUGCACAGGAUAGGCGUGGCCACCAAAGGGACUGUUGUUCCUGGAAUAUUCAGCCUCUUGGCGAUUCCCCCAUCCGGAUGCAUUAUACUCACCAGGCUUUGCAAACCCAGCUUCCCGUGUUCAUUUGGGAAUCCUCAUAAGUUGCUCCAUUCCGGUAUGGUGGGAGUGGGGAGGGAGAGAGGCAUUCUGUGUGCAGGUAAUUUUGUGCAAGCCUGUUGCCAUGGUGCCGGGAGCCUGUGCCUCUUCUUCCUGGGACUUGACUCCCAUCACUUCUGGCCGCCUGGUGGCCGCUGCUACAGCUGGUCUACAGAGAGGAGCUCUUUUCUCGCCAGGGCUGCCAUGACAGCUUCUGUUGGGGAAUGGAAAGGGAAAAGGGAGGAAAAUAUGUAAGAGCAUAUGAAGGUGUGUCUAUACCCCUGCUGGCUCUGAUGCCGGUGGGUACAGGUGCUGGGGGCUGUGAUGAGAGGGAGCAGAGCCUGUAUUUCCUUAUAUAGCUCUACAUGGAAACAGCUGACCAAACCCUCCAGACUCUGUGGGCUUCUUUAACCCACAGGGAAGCCUACUCUGUGUCGUCUCCAUCUGGGGCCCCUCACUUCUGACUCCCAGGCUGAAGCCUAGACUUCUGAUUCAAAUGAAAUAGAGGUGUAUGGUGGAUGCAUA